AAAGAACAUUGACAAUUUGACAACAGAUCAGCACUGACGUGCUGCAAUUAUUUCACUUGACUACGAACCGAAAACAUUUUUAUUACACAUCGUCUCGCAGCGUUUUCCGUCUCUUCGCAGAUGCAUCUACUCAACUGUGGCUCUCAUAUUCAUAGAUUUGUUAUAUCCAUAAUUGACACAAAUAAUUAUAAAAGCGGUCCAUUUUACUUCAGAGUGUCAGUUCUCGUUUGAAAUACGUUGCUGAAGCAACUUCUGUGGAGAACAUGACUGAGGAGAGGCGACUCAUAUGGCGUAAACCAGUAGAAGCUCUCAAUAAAAUUGCCGGCAAACAGCAUGUUCCCUGGUACUUUGCUAGUGGAUUUAUAUUGUUUUGGUGCUUGCUGUUCUUUGGGAUUGUAAUACUAUAUUUUUACUGCUUACCCACGGCACUGACAUUAGAGGACGAGGGGAAAAAUGUGUUUAUUGCGGAGCGCGCAUAUCGCAAUCUAUAUAAUCUAUCUAAUAUUGGAAUUAAAAUAUCCGGAACUGACAAAAAUGAAGUCGAGGCUGUAAACUUUCUUUUAAGUGAAUUGGAAAAAAUUAAAGAUAAUCUCCAAAAUGAAUUAUUUGAUAUGGAAAUAGACCGAUUACAGGCUUCCGGAUCAUUUCUAGUUAAUUCCGCUCUCAGAGUGUAUCAGGGAGUUCAAAAUAUUGUCGUUAAGAUCUCCCCCAAGAACACUACAAGUGAGACAUACCUCCUCAUCAAUAGUCACUUCGACUCUGAAUCGGGUCCUGGUGCCGGUGAUGCUGGUUUCAUGAUAGUCACGAUGGUGGAAGUUCUGCGAGUUAUUGCAACAUCGAAGCAACCGAUUCAGCACCCAAUAGUCUUCUUGUUCAAUGGAGCCGAGGAAGGCGGACUUCAAGCUUCGCAUGGAUUUAUAACAACGCACAGAUGGGCGCCGUUCUGCAAGGCCGUUAUCAACCUUGAUUCUGCGGGGAGUGGAGGUCGGGAUGUUCUAUUCCAAAGCGGCCCCAAUCAUCCAUGGCUAGUAGAAUACUACAAAAGGUACAUCAAACAUCCUUUUGCCACAACCAUGGCUGAGGAAAUCUUUCAGGCAGGAAUAAUUCCAUCCGACACAGACUUUCGACAGUUUAAAACUUAUGGCCAAAUCCCAGGAUUGGACAUGGCUCAGUGCAUUAACGGAUUUGUAUAUCACACUAAGUUUGAUACCAUUAAUGUAAUCCCACGCGAAUCAUUGCAAAAUACAGGUGAUAAUAUUCUGGGACUGGUGCGAGGAUUAGCGAAUGCAACUGAAUUAAAUAAUACAGAGGCACACAAGGAUGGACAUGCUGUAUUCUUUGAUUUUCUUGGGGUUUACAUUAUACAUUAUUCCGAGGCUACUGGCAAAUACAUAAACUUUGGAGUCGCUGGAACUAUUUUUAUUUUGAUUAUGGUUUCAAUGUGGCGAAUGGCAAAUGUUUCUCACGUCACAUAUUCUUAUAUUAUUCGUUGGUUCAUCUUCUUACUUGGGAUUCAGAUUUCUUCCUUCGUACUUGCUCUAACCCUUCCGAUUUUGAUCUCGUACGUUAUGGAUUCCUUUGGCUUAUCACUGAGUUACUAUAGCACUCCACUCUUAGUAUUCGGAUUAUAUGUGUGUCCCUCACUUAUUGGACUUACUGUGCCCUUAACCAUCUUCUUUAGUCUUCAGCGCAACGAUAAGCUUUCAAAUCAUUAUCAUCUUCAGUUGGCAUUACACUGUCAAGCCGUGAAACUGGCUCUUUUAACCGUUUGUCUAACACUGCUAGACAUCCGAUCAACAUAUAUUUUUGUAAUUCCCUUAGGAUUUUAUGCAGUUUCUUUGGUUCUGAAUUUAAUGACCAUUUUACAUGAUCUUGGAUAUGCGUGGAUAGUUUUGCUAAAAACGAGUCAAAUUAUUCCAUUUUUGUAUAGCAGCUACGUCUUUUAUAUAUUAAUUGUCGUGCUUAUACCGAUGGGUGGACGAACCGGCACAUCUUCAAAUCCAGAUAUAAUUAUAGCAGCCUUGGCGGCUCUGGGAACAAUUCUCUCCUUAGGUUUCUUGGUUCCGUUAAUCAACACUUUCCGUCGACCAAGUUUAGUGAUAUUUGCUCUAUUAGCAGUUACAGCACUCUCAGUGAUCUUGGCCAGCGGCACACAAUUGGGAUUUCCCUAUCGACCGAAGACCAAUGGACAACGGAUUGCAUAUUUAGAAGUACGAAACAAGUUCUAUGACUACGAUGGUCAGUUAACUAAGGACGAAUCGGGUUACCUCAUGAUGUUCGAAGAUCGCCGUCGAGAGCUACCUCUUCUCGACUCUAAAGUCAAUCUGUCUAACAUGGUUAGCCUGAAAUCGAGAUGCGAGAGGCACAUGAUGUGUGGGAUGCCUUUGAUUAACAAUCGCUGUCUAGUUCAUUCCGAAUGUUCUUGGAUUCCUCGUUCAGAGCCAGUUGAGCCUCCACAACCAACCACAUUGGAGUUGCUAAGCAAAAGGAUUACUGAUGCUACAACAGUGCGCUUUGAGUUCAAUUUGACUGGCCCCAUUAAUAUGAGAUUGUUUAUUAAGCCCGAAGAAGAUAUCUAG